UGAAGAAUGUCUCACCACGUCUUCUCCUACUACUACUACCGCCAAGCCUCGCCCGCACAGAAGAGAGUUGCCGCCAGCAGCAGCCUAAAGCGCUAAAUACGUUGAUGGAGUCGGCAAUCAUUGGUGGGAGCGAGGAUGGAAGCGACCCCGGCCUAGCCUGCGGCGGUGCAUGGCAUGAUUCCAAUGUCAAUGCCUCCGCCCGUACCUCUUUGCUUGUCAGCUACGUGGCGCUGGGUCCGCGCGCUUGGGCUUGGCUUAACCAGCGGCCCUGGUCCAGGAGAUGUCUAGACUCUACGGUGAACGCGGCUCCUUCGCGAAGCUGGCGACCGAUCUCGUCUUCAACAUCCAUUCCCGCCGCCAUGCGUCGGUCGACGCCUUGAAUCGCCAAGGGAUCCUCUUCCAGCGUCAUGGCAGCGCGGCCGGUCUUCAACCUUGGCGCCGCCGCACUCGUGGGCUUUGCCCUUUUAAUUUUCAUCUCGCGACUGCCCCUUCGAAGCGCCUCAGCGGUGCACCGCAUCUCACCAACCGACCUCGGUCUGCGGUUGCCGCGCCUCAACUUCACUUCGUCUUCCCCGUCGACCAGCCGCCACAAGGAAUAUUACGCUUCCGAAGCAGCCGCCGAGUUCUGCGCCGCCCAUGGUUACUCCGUCUUUUCGCCCGAGUCCGACUCGGGGGAACGCAAAAUUUACGACCUCUUCAUGGCCAACUCGGAGCUCGACUUUCUCGAAAUCCGCCUCGGAACAAUGUACGAACACGUCGACUACUUCAUUAUCGUCGAGUCGCCCGUCACCUUCCAGGGGACGUCGAAAAACCUCACGAUUCGAGACAAUUGGGCCCGAUUCUCGCAGUGGCACGACAAGAUGAUAUACCACCUCCUGGAGUUCCCGGCUGGGUUCGCUCCCAAGCUCACAUGGGACUACGAGGAUCUCCAGCGCGACGCCACGUUCAAGCAAGUCUUGCCGAAGCUGCAAGGGAGACAGGCCCCCGUACAAGGGGAUGUGCUCAUCGUCGCCGACGUGGACGAGAUUGUUCGUACGGCGACGCUGCUGCUGCUGCGGACCUGCACCUUUCCACGGCGCCUGACGCUCGCCUCCAAGUUUUACUACUACUCGUUCCAGUUCCUCCACGUGGGCGACGAGUGGCCCCACCCGCAGGCUACCUUUUAUCAGGGCGAGAGGGACACGAUCCCGCCGACCAAGCUCCGGAGCGCCGACGGGGACAGCCGGCUACAGCGGAUACGCGAGUCGGGCACGUUGAGCAACGCGGGGUGGCACUGUAGCAGCUGCUUCGCCACCAUGGACCAGUUCCUGAACAAGCUGGCGAGCUUCUCCCACAUGUGGAUGAACGAGCCCAAGUAUCGCGACAAGGCACGCAUCGCGGCCGCCGUUCGCGAGGGCAGGGAUGUAUGGGGGCGGGCAAGCGAGGUGUUUCGUCGCAUCGAAGGAAACACGGAUGUCCCGGGCGUCCUGAUGGAAGCGGAAGGGCGCGAGAGGUUCGGGUACAUGCUGAGUCGAGACGGCGAGAGCGCAGGCUUCUCCGACUAUCCAUAGGGGCCCGUCAACGGCACGAACGGCAUUGCGCGUGUCAUGUAUAGCAUUCUUGCGGCGGCGUUAGGGUUGGCAUUUUGGGUGGCCUGGAUUAGAUCUUUGCAGACGCGUAUAUGUAUUUAUAUAGGACCUGAUAGACCAUGGCGGUUAAAUGGAGUUUUGGGUUUUCCUACACGCUCGAGGACACGAUUUGGCAAAAGG